CGAAGAAGUAACGCCAUUUGAUUUGAUCACAGUGAUGUCAAAUAUCUGUCAUUCUGGGGCGAAUUUUCUGCGUUUUUAUCCGGAUUCUACAUCAGAUGAGUUUUGACAAGUUUGUUCCGAGGGCAGAUUAGUUUUAGUUUGAUUUAAAUAUGAGAAAAAGGAGAUGAACAGGGCGCAGAAGUCAUCACUAAACAGCAGAAGGUGGUCAUUGACUUAAUGUGUGUUUUAAAGGAGGUUUUAUGGGGUUUUGUGUAUUUACAGCGGUCCACGGUGGGUCCAGUGAAGCGGAUCUGACCUGGACCAUGACAUCCACACAGAAGGCGCAGGAUGGAUCAUUCUGAAGCGGGUCUGACAACCUGCUCCUCCGGUCCGCUUCAGUCCACAUCACCGCUCCACUUCCUGUGUAAACCUCCCUCCUACAGACUCCACAAGUCCGCUUGGACACGUAGCUCAGUGUGGACGGACUGAUCCGCAUCGGAGACACCCUGAACCCCAGCCAUGUCCCGGUCCAGUCGGCGGUACAAGCCUCUGCAGCAGAGCAACGGCGGCGGCUCCUUCCCCGGCUGUGACCGGAUGCGGAUGCCUCGGGCCCGGGUACUACUGCUGUGUCUGCUCGGGGUCCUGGUCCUGGCGGUGGUCCUGGGGGUCUACCUGUCCAACGAUACCACCGGUCCACAUGUGAACCGCAUCCCGGCCGCAGACCUGACCAGGGACAGGCUUUCCCACAAACCCAGUAAGUGCUCUCCAGCUCAGAUCCGACGUCUGGCAUCACAGGUGGAUGGGACUCGGCUUUGGGAGACUCACCUGAGGCCCAUCCUGAUCGAGAGACUCCCCGGAACCCCAGGCAGCCUGACUGUACAGCAGCACAUCAUCUCUACUCUGUCGUCGUUGUCCGCUGGCUGGUCCAUAGACUUAGACUCCUUCCAGUCUCCGACCCCUCGUGGUCAGGUGACUUUCACCAACAUCGUAGCCACUCUGGACCCUUCGGCUCCACGCCGGCUGCUCCUGGCCUGUCACCAUGACUCCAAGUUCCUGCCUCCGGACCCGCGAGUCCCCGAGAGAGUGUUCCUGGGGGUCAGUGACUCUGCGGUGCCCUGCGCUAUGAUCCUGGAGCUUGCCACUUCUCUGGAUGCACAGCUGAGGACAUUUAAACAGCAGAAACUCCCAGUAACUCUUCAACUUGUAUUUUUCGACGGGGAGGAGUCAUUUGAGGAGUGGACCGCCACAGACUCCCUGUACGGGUCCCGUCACCUGGCUGAACGCAUGGCCAACACCCCUCACCCUGCAGCCUCCACACAUACUACCAUGCUCCAGGCUGUGGAUCUCUUUGUGCUGCUGGACCUUCUUGGUGGUCCUGACCCUUUGAUUGCAAAUCAUUUUGACAACACAGCACGAUGGUUUGACCGUCUGAUCGCAGCAGAAAAGAGACUCCAUCGACAGGGUCUGUUGACGUCUCACCCAUCUGAGCAGACGUACUUCAGGAAAGACGUGUACCUCGGACCUGUACAGGACGACCACAUCCCCUUCCUUCAUAAAGGCGUCCCCGUGCUCCACGUCAUUGCCACCCCCUUCCCACAGUUCUGGCACACAUUGGAUGACACGGAGGAGAACAUGCACCGUCCCACUGUGGAAAACCUGACCAAGAUCCUGGCCGUGUUCCUGGCUGAGUACCUCGGCUUCUGAACCCGAAACACACACAGUGAUGUUCAUUUGUCAGUAUUGAACCUGUAAACCUCCGCUCACUUUCACUCUGCUGUGGUGGACACGGCACACGAUUGAAGACAGAAGACGGACGGAACCUGGAUAUUUGUGAACGAACACAGUGGAUCAGGAAGGUAAUGACUUGAACUAAACUGUGCGUCACACUGGAAUAUCAGCUAAAGUUUACCAAAGACUAGUCUGUGCUGGACUGUUAGUCAUCAUGGGUGCAUCUGACCGACACGCGUCCAAAUGACCAGGAUAAUAAUAAGUCUUAAAUCUUCAAUAAAUUGUCAACUGUGCUGUUGAAUGAGCACAGUACCUGAGGAAUGUGUCGGUGAAUUCCAAAACAUGCUAAAUGAUUAUUUUUAUGAAUAAUUAAUCAUUUCUGUGAAUAAAAUCAGAGCCUUAUCCUUUCGAUAUGACUGAGGACUGUUUGAACGACCUCUAAGUCAUACCUGUGAAUAUUUAUUUUAUGUUCACUUAAGUGAAGAUGCAUUAGGCCUUAUAUCACCUGCUCUUAUGAAUACCAGCUCUAAAAUGUAGCUAAAAUCCACAUUUGUUGGUUUAAUGUUAAGAGUCAAAAUUUAACUCUGUAAACUAAAGGUUUACUGAAAUGUCUGAAACAAAACGUCUGUGUUUUUUAAUGACUUUUACUAGAGUUUGAUUUAAUUAUGAGACAGGCCCACUUGAAAUAAAAGGUAAAUAAGAUAAAACAAAAAAACAAAAAAACAAAAACGGUACCAUUUCAUCCUCGAGUUUGUGUAACUGUUUCUCUGAUUGUUCCAAACAUCUGGAUUCUAUGUGUGAAUAUUAAUAAUAUAUAAGAGACUUUCUGAAGUGAGAUCCUGUCAGAGCUUUACAAUGCAUCUGUGAACAAGGAUGUUGAAUUUAACCCAGACAUACAGUGCUGAUGUUUUAUUUCUGCCUUGUAUCUCUAUGUGUUAACACCCUGAUGCAAUGUCUGAUAAGCCAUGUUUUGGUAAUAAAGUUUACUUUUCAAGUA